AUGGAUGCGUACAACGGCAACAACACGGAUUCUUUCCGUGAUAAGAAAGGGAGCACGAUCCAAAUCAUUAUUGGUGUGACGUUUUCUUUACUUAUGAUCAUCGGACUGUUCAUCAAUACGACGACGUUAUACACGUUCAAAUUAAACACUCGACUACAAACCCCCACGAACAUUCUUAUUAUUGGUUGUGUGAUAUGUGAUUUCUUUAUGAUUCUAUUCGGCUUUCCCUUUGUCAUCGCUUCCAGUUUCUAUGGCGACUGGAUAUUCGGAAGCGCUUGGUGCGAGGGGUACGGAUUUAUCGUAACCCUUCUCGGUGUCACGAACAUUUGCAUCCUAUCAGCCAUCGCUGUUGACCGCUACAUCGUUGUGCUUAAUCUACGGUUCGCUAGGCGGAUCACAACGUUUAAAGCCGUCAUGACGAUACUGUCGUGUUUCGGUUACGGCCUCCUUUGGGCGACCUUUCCUCUGAUUGGCUGGGGUGGGUUUGUCGUGGAGCGUAACCGCCUGGCCUGUGGUCCAGACUGGGGUAACACUCACCAGUCAGCUAGAUCUUACAAUGUUACAAUCAUGGUGCUAGUUUUCGGGUUGCCACUUGCAAUCAUGAGCUACUGCUACAUGAAGAUAUUCAUCAAAGUGCGCUGCCUUAAGGUCCGCAACCAUCGGGUAACCUCGUUAGCAAGCAUCGAUGCAUCCAGGAAAAUGGAGCAGGAAGUUGCCAUCUCUGUCUUUUUCGUCUUGGUGGGCUUCGUGUUGGCCUGGAUGCCAUACGCCAUUUUGUCCAUGUGGGCGAUGAACAAUGAUAUAAAGCGGAUGUCAGAGAAUGUGGCCAUCAUUGCGCCUCUCCUCGCCAAAUCGGCAUGCGUGUGGAACCCGCUCAUUUACAUCGGCAAGAACACUGCAUUCCGGAAGGCGUUCUUAGACAUGCUCAAGAAGAAGGAGCCUCAAAUCUCCAUCAGUGGACCCUCAACCUCAGAAAGAAAGACGGAACAUGUCACUAAAGAAAACGAGGCUAUUCCGAAGAAGAUACUCGUCAAGGAUAGUUCUGUUUAACAACUACAUGUAUGUAUGCGUCUGGGAGUGUUACUUAACACCCAAGAGUUUUACAGAACAAGCGAGAGUGUUGCUUAAAAAUAAGAGGUUUACUCAGCAAUCGACAAGUUUACUUAAAACAACCGGAUAUUUAACUUAACAAUCGACAGUUGUACACAGCAUCCCAGAGUGUGACUAAACAUCAGAGAGGUUAACUUAACAACCGACAGUGUAACUUAACAACCUAAAUUAUUUACCUAAAAUCCGAGAGUUUUUACUUUACAUCCGAGAUGUUUAUCUUAACAAGCGACAUAAUUUACUUUUCACCCGAGAGCUUAGCUAAACAUACGAUAGAUCUUACUUAACAUUCGAGAUUUCAUCUAAGCAUCCGAGAAUGUUUACUUAAUAUCCGAGAGUUUUACUUAACAUGUGAGAGUUUUACUUAACAUGCGAGAGUUAUACUUAACAUGCGAGAGUUAUACUUAACAUGCGAGAGUUUUACUUAACACGCGAGAGUUUUACUUAACACGCGAGAGUUAUACUUUACAUGCGAGAGUUAUACUUUACAUGCGAGAGUUUUACUUUACAUUGGAGAGUUUUUACUUGAACAUCCGACAGAUUUACUUAACAUCCGAGCGUUUAACCAUAACAACGGACAAGUUUACAUUUCAUUUGAGAAUUUUACUUAAACUAACAUAAUAAGGUAAUAAGUCUUUGGACGAUCUAACCGACAUACUCUUACACUGUUUAUCCGUGAUAUUUUUUAAACAUUGUUGAUAAAGGAAUAUGUAUUGUAUAUUGUUUAGUAUUUUGUCAACAUUAAUGUACAAUACAAACGGUAUCUAUGACAAAGUGGAACACCUUCCAGCCUGUGAUUAUUUCGUUGUUAUUUCGUUAGUUUAAUUUGUUCAAGAGUUUUUGCAAAAACAACAACAACAACACCUGUUCAGGUGCAUUGAAUUUAAGAACAGUACAGAGCUGUACAGUACAGAACAGUACAGUACACUACAGUACAGUACACAACAGUAAAGUACAGUACACUACACUAUAGUACAGUACAGUACAGUACAGUACAUUGCAGUACAGUACAGUUCACCACACAACAGUACAGUGCACUACAGUACAGUGCACUACAGUACAGUACAGCUCACUUACGUACAGUACAGUACACUUCAGUAC